UCCACCAAAACGACAACACCUCUACUUUCUUGCUAUACAUUAGCAGUUCGGGAGCACUCGGAGUCUUAAUGGACACCAUUUGUAUACUAUAUCUGAGUGCUGUUAUCGUCUAUAUUAUGUUCAGUAGUGACCGUAUUCCCGGAGGAAAUGCUGCUUUAUCAUUGAUGACUGUAAUUCAAUAUGCUACUAAAUUAUCGGCCGAUACCGAGUUAUAUAUGACUGCAGUCGAGCGAGUGCUCGAAUACACGGCUAUUAAACCCGAGGCAGAGCUCGAGUCCACUUCUGAUCGGAAACCACCUAAAAAUUGGCCACAAAUGGGAGAAAUAGUGUUCAAAGAUAUGAGUCUUCAAUACAACGAAUCGCCGCAUAAAGUGCUCAAAGAUAUCAACGUUUGCUUCAAAGGGGGAGAA